UCGUAGGCCUUGGGGGUCGGGCCAGCAACAAGCUAUUAUCACAGACAUGGGCCAAGGAGCCAGAGGCCGCCCGGGGUCUGUGAGUUGAGCUUGAGGCUGCAGGACCAGGGUCACCAUGGGGACAGACAGACUGGGUUCCUUCUGGGCAGUACUCCUGCUUCCUCUUGUGUUCGGAGUCCCCACAGAGGAGCCCACCUUUGGGGACUCUGUGGCCUCCCAUCUCAGCAAAGGCUGCCGACGAUGCUGUGACCCUGAGGAACCGCUGUCCUCUGCUGACCCUGUCCAAGGCCCUGCUUCCCCCCACUUCCCCUAUGUUCUGCCCGAGGUCAGGCCCUACAUCAACAUUACCAUCCUGAAGGGUGAUAAAGGGGACAGAGGUCCUUUAGGAACACCAGGGAAGCCAGGCAAGGAUGGUCCCCGAGGGGACCGUGGCUCUCAGGGUGUCAAAGGCGAUAAGGGGCAGGCAGGCAACCCUGGCAGCGCGUGCCAGGUGCACUACUCGGCCUUCUCUGUGGGUCGCAAGACAGCCCUGCACAGCAGCGAGGACUUCCUCCCACUGCUGUUCGACAGGGUCUUUGUGAACACUGACGGCCACUUCGACAUGACCACUGGCCACUUCACGGCCCCCCUGCGCGGCCUCUACUUCUUCAGCCUCAACGUGCACAGCUGGAAUUACAAGGAGACCUACGUGCACAUCGUCCACAACGAGCAGGCGGCUGUGAUCCUCUAUGCACAGCCCAGUGAGCGCAGCAUCAUGCAGAGCCAGAGUGUGAUGCUACCGCUGGAGCCCGGUGACCACGUGUGGGUGCGGCUCUUCAAGCGGGAGCGGGAGAACGCCAUCUACAGCGACGACGUGGACACCUACAUUACCUUCAGCGGCCAUCUGAUCAAGGCGGAGGACUGACCUUCCCUGACCAGUUUCGCCGCUGGGCAGCUUGGGGGAGGGCUGGUGGCUAGGGCAGGUCCUAUAGGUUCCCCCAGGGCUGGAUUAUUAGCAUCACAGUCUGUCUCUGUCCCCUCCCCUCCUGGCUGCAUUUUUCAGAGACUUAGAGCGACUCACACACCACCGUGCUAUUCAUCCCCGGGGACUUUAUUGUAUGGUAGAUUCUGGCUUGGCAUUUGGGGGUGGACCCAGGAUUCUGCAUUUCUAGCAAUUUUCUCCGUAAUGCUGAUGCCGCGGGUCUAUGGAUGACGCUUGAGGAAUUGGGCUUCCUAGAACGUUCCUAGCAUUCUAGGGACUUCCCAAACAUUCUGGAAUCCCCCCCCCAUGCUGAAAACUCUUGUAUUCUUGCAUACUCAGGUUUUCUCCUCACCCUGGGCCCAACCCCUCCCCCAGCCUCUUUUCUAGCCACUGUUCACGUAUGCAUUCAUCCAAUGCUGACUUAGUCCCAGGCCUGAGGAAAACCUAGGCUAAUCAGACCUAGGUCCUGCCCCUCCCCUGGCGAAUGCCCAGGAACCUGGACAGAGGUGGCGGUGUGCUCAAGUGGGUACAAAGACUUGAGCACUUCUUGGGUGCUCCUCUAAACUAGGUGCUUAGGCAGCAUGGGCCGUUCUUCACUGCUCCUGUGGUGGCCCGGGUGCUGGAGUAGGGAUGAUAUCCCUUUCAGAUUCUCUACCUUCUUGCCAGAUGCCCAGCGUUAAAGCAAACCCUAGAUAUAGUCUUGGUUAGGGGGAGGCCCAGGAAUUUGGAGGCACCCAGGGUAAAUGGGUGCCUGGGCGUGAAUUGGAGCCCAUUCUCCUCCCUGAUCUUUGAAGACUCCUUCUUCCCUCCUUGCCUGAUUCCCCAGGACUUUAGCAAUGGCCAGACCACAUACUCCAGGUCUCUCUGGACCUCCUGGCCCCUCAAAAGCCCAGUGUCACACUGGGUUGAUGAGGAUGCUAAGGACACCCAGGAGGUGGCUCCCGUUUCAGGACUUCACCUGCCUGUAUUGCCCUAGCAGACAUCAUGGGGACUCAGGCAGGACAGAGGUGGUAGGUUUCAGCCCAAAGCAGGUCUAGGGACUGAAGCCAGUGAUAUUCAGGUUACCUGGGGGCCUUCUCUGAGCCAUGCUGCCAAGGCAGGCCCUGGGGAAGGUCAUGGAGAAGCAGGAACAACGAGACCCCCAUGCCUUUCCCAGAGCGUAUGGCCUGGUGGUCCCUCUAACCUUCCCCUCUUCCACUGUAGGCUUCCCAAGCUUCUCAGGGGAAGGUGGCCUCCGUCCAUUGGUGCUUCUGCAGACCCAGGGCACGACUGGCCCUGGGCAGGCAUCUCUGGUGCUUACAGUCAAGGGAGCCAUGGCAGGGUGGCAAAGGCAAGGCCUGCCACAUGCUGUGAAGGCUGGUUUGACAAAACCACACUCAGCCUGACUGUCCUUGCCUGCUUGGCCAGUGUGAAUAAAAUUACUGGAUUCUCUU